ACACCGGGCUCUACACGCGUUAUUCGCUACACCGACUGCCAUUGAGGUACCCCAAGCACACAUUAUGCCUUCUGCGCCCGCAUAGCUUCCAUCUCGACGCGUCUUGCCGGAAAACAGCACCGUCAACAGCCUCCGCGAAGAAUACACCGACCGCAAACAUGAGCCAGCCAUGGCUCGAAGACCUCUCAGAGGAGUGGAUUCCCCAGCCCACUCCUCAGUCGAUCGAGCACGAUGCGAGCAGUGCUAUGGCGCCCCAAACCUCGCAAAGCGUACCACCCAGGCCGCAAAGCCGCCUUCCCCGCAUGAGGAACUCGUCGGGGUCCUUCUCUGAGAUCCAGGUCCGACAUGUCGCCAAAGAUCUUCGACCCCCAAAGCGUAGGAGCGCUCUAGCUGAACGGAGCCUUAGCGACAACAACAUUCCGCCCUCUGCCUCUGCCGACGCGUCGUAUAUUACAUCGUCCCGGUGCGCCUCGCAGUCUUUCCCCGCCGCGUCGCUCGACUCAGUCGUAUACAACGGCACUGUAGCACAGAAAGCGCCCACACAAUCGCCAGAGAAGGACAGACCGGUCCAUGACACGCCGGAGUGGAGAAGGAGGUUGCUGAAGGGCGAGAUCGGAUAUGGCGACCAGAAAGAUCUUUUCAGUCCGAUGGGGCUCGAGAAUAUAUUCCAGAAACCCGCUGGUAGCGCUUCAGAAGAAAAGCAGCCUAAGCGCAAACUUGGUAUGCUCAAAGUGCUUGGCGCUAUACCAUCGAGCCCGCCGCCCUGGCCCUCGGCGGACCGUGAGGAUACAUCGGUGGUAGACGAAGGCGACGCGCGGCAUGACUUGAACGAAUACCCGGGCGAGCAGAACACUGAUCAGGAAUAUCAUGAAGAUCCUUCAAAUCAGCGAAUAGGCGAGUCGUUCUCUACGAACGCGCCAGCAGUCGGCAACGAGGGACCCCCCCGAACAGUGAGCGGCCAAAUCGAAUUCGAAAACGAGAAUUUCAGUCCCGUCUACCUUUCCACGAAUCUCAAGGUUGGGUCUGGCCCUAGUUCAAUUCCCAAUUUCAGAGGAUCCGAACUUGCCAAUAGGCUACGGCACAUUGGCUCACCACCGCGCAGUCAAGGUCCCAUGCCUAUCCCGGAGGACUCUCUCAGGCAGAGUCAAGGGGACUCGUCUUUUGCACGACUUCAGGAUGAUUCCCUGCCUGAGGAUCUUCCAGCCGGGACUCCCGACAUCGUGGACGUCGGGCGUUUUGUGGAAGUGAAACGAGGGGGAUACUCAAGAGACGGUUCUUUUCGAAGAAGACCCCUUAGCCCAUCCCCCCAAUCGAAAGCCGUCGCGCGGAGCAAGAUCGAAAUUGAGCUCGGUUCCGAAACCAACCUAGCCGUAGGUACCCAGGCGGAGGAUGGUGUUGAUGGAGCUCCAGAAGCUGUUAUGCCAAAGACCCCGCGUCGCCAGGAGCGCUCGAAGCACCCUAGUCCCGAACGAACCAAAAGCUCUGGGAGCCCUUUGAAGCUAUUCGAUGCUCACGAUACAUUCACAAGCAACCGCCUCCAGAGGCGGCUCAGCCAGCUCGAGCGCAAGCCCAACAACACCGCGUCUAGCAGCAUACAAAUGAAUCAAAACGAGACAACGAAGAUUGUCCAGAAAACAUCGCGGUUAGGUUCGGUUGAGGAACUGAGCAUACGGAAAGGAGCUGGCCCAGCUUCAAUUUCGAAUGAUCAGUGGAGACAGCAAAGAGUGGAGACUUUUGGACAAGGCCAACUGAACGAAUUCCGAUUUUCUGGAGACUUCUCCGUUCUCUCUUCCCAGGAAUCAGAAGGACAGAGCGCACCGGACGAGUCACCUUCCACAGACGUUGCCCCACCGGGCAGCCGACAACCUCUCAACUUCCACUAUGAUACGUCUCCGAUCUCCCGAGAACCCUCCAGAGCUAAGAGGCAAGGCCUCACCCGAGUAACGAACCCCUUCCGAGGAACGAGCUAUACCAGACCGCAGGCUCCUCAGCGACCGUCUACUACGACCGAAAACGAAUUAUUAGAAGCCCAGCAUGAGUACGCCGAAGGUAAACGAGGCCCAACUUCUCCGUUCAAGAACCCCACCCCAAAGCGCAGGAGAACGAUACACUCAGUCGAUGAAGACGAGGAUGAGGUCAAUGAUACUGGUAUGAGAUCCGUGAAGGACUCACACAUUGCCAUGCAAUCUGUAAUUGGAAGGAAAAGGAAGGACGCCCGUCAUGACCAUUCCAGCAACAUUGCAGACCCCGAGGUGCUAGCUCGUCGACAUAUUCUACGACCUCGAAACCCCACCCCAAGUCAGAGGAGGUUGGACGAAAUACACGCAGAAAUCUUGGAAGCAACGGAAGCAUUCAUCCACUCUUCACCAAAGAUGAAUACUAUUCGAGAGCACAUAGACCCUCCUGAAGAAUGGGACGCCCCUCCAGAGGAGACUCGCGCGGCCAUCAUCGCAAAUGAAGUUGCUGCUUUUAGUAUGAAGAGGCAACAAGUCAUGCGUGACGAGAGCCGUAAAAAAUCUGUCACAACUCAGGACUUCUUGGACGAAGCAGUCAAGAUCAUGGAUUACAUCCGCGCCAAGGGCCGGCCGUCGAGCGGCUUGGGUAGCCUGGAAGAGACAGAAUCGGAGACGGCAGACAUACUGGACAAGAAUGGGUAUCCUUCAAGUUCGUUGACCUUUGAUCGACCGCCGAGUCGAGAGGGGCGGUUGUCGGCAUGGAAAGAGCCCAACAAGUGCGAACUGGAUCCCAGAGUGAUCAACCACCUGCGCAAGUUCCAGGAGAAAGAAUCGGAUGACAUUCUGGGUUCGUCUUUCCACUCCUUACGCUUCUCGCGCAUGAGGGGGCCGGCGUCGCCAGGAAACAGUGUCAUCGUCGAACAAGACGACAUCCGUAUAACAGACAACCUAGACCGACACAACGGGGACAUCGCACCCGAGGACGACCGAACCAACUCACAGCCAAGGACUAAUGGGACUCACCCAUCUACCGGUUCGUCCAUGGGCCAAACUAUUGCCACCAGCGCAUCGCGUCGAUCGGAUCACGUGGCAACAUUAGCACCGGAAGCAGUCGCUCAUUUAAUUCCUAAGGAAGUAGCAGGGAUGAGCUUCGAUCGGGAGAAGAAGAUUUGGGUCCGUCAGAAAAGUCCAUCAAGAGAGGUUUGCCCAGACGAGGGUAACAGUGGCGCCGGCGAGAGUGAGGACGAUCCAUUUGGCAAUAUUCCGGACCUUACCGUGGACGAAACAGCAGAACGUCUGAUGAACAGCGGUUCUCCGGCCCGGCCACAAGCCACUGCUGAGACGUUCUUAGAAGACUCUGAAGAAGCAGGAGUUGGCGACAAAGUGCGCCCGGUCACCCGGGAUGGCAAAGAUAUCCCCGUCGCUGAUACCAGCUCUGUCCCCUCAAAGGUAUCAAAUUUUGCCUGGAGCUUCCCAAAGACUGAAACUCGAGCCACAUCCUGGAGUGACCAAGCAACGAGGACCGUCCGUUCUCAGAAGGUUCAGCAUAUACCGAUGACACAUGCUAUUCCGGAAUCUGACGAGGACGAUGUAGAGCAUGAGAUUAAGUACUUCGAAGGCCGUGGCUCGGCCAAACCUGUAGUAAAUGGCAGGCUCCGAGACAUCACGAUAUCUAUCGCCGAGCGAGAUUUUGGGGAGAUGAAUGAGCAUCAGCAUCACCCAGCAAGCCCGCAAAAGAGUACUCAUCAGCAUUGGAUUUCGAAUCAUGAUCAGAAAACCCAGGCAAGGGCAGCAAGAUGGAACCAUGCCAAAGGCGCAAAGUCCCUACCGCACGCUCCAAAUACGCGGAGGCCAGUGUUUGGGGAUGAUGGCGAACUCUCGAUUCUCGAAGACCUUCCAUCAAGGAACUAUCGGAUGCAAUUGUCAAUGAGCGUCUCCGCACCCGUUCUAUCCCAACAUGACGCGUUAGUACCUGCUCCAUCGUCCCCAGCCAAAACGGACGUUACUUUCAUGCUCAGCGACUUGCCAGAGUUUACUCUGAACCAGAUCGACGAGUGCGAGCUUCCGAACCGCGUCGUCGUCAAACACGAUGGGCACAAGUUUUCGAAAGCUCUUGAGGACCGUUACGCUCUAGGUACAGCGGAACUGGUGAAGGCAUUGCAAGAUGUUGAACCUGAUGAGCCAUACUGGGAAGACCUUCGCGAGGUGGACCUCCAUGACAAAGCUUUGACUAACCUGCACCGCCUUGACGAGUUCUGCUACCGAUUAGAGGAGCUCAAUGUCUCCAACAAUAGCAUAAGCCAAGUGAAGGGGAUUCCUUUCACCAUGCGGCGACUACGAGCGCAGAACAACUGCCUCACUGGUCUGACUUCGUGGUCGACUUUGUUAAACUUGCAACAUCUAGAUGUAUCGAGUAAUAACAUCGAUAGCUUGGAUGGGCUGAGCGAACUUGUUCAUCUUCGCACUCUGAAAGUCGACGACAAUGAGAUCAGGUCACUCGAUGGUAUCCUCCACCUUGAUGGCUUAAUGGAGCUCAGCGCGGCAAGAAACCAGAUUGAGACUAUGGACUUUGCGAAAGCCAAUCUGAAAUCUCUGACGGACAUUGACCUCCGCGGUAACCGGCUAAUGGAAGUUCGGAACCUGCAAUGCGCACCGCAGCUCCAGCACCUCAAUCUUGAUGACAAUUGCAUUGAAGAGUGUCCCGUAUCCGACACGCCGGCCAGGCCAUGCAAUAUGCUGCGAUCCCUCCGCAUUUGCCGGAACGGGUCUACCUCUCUCGACGUGAACAAUCAUUUCCCGAAGUUAGAGUCUCUCUACGUGGACGGCAACGCGCUCACGGACGUCUCCGGACUGGAGCACCUCCGCCACCUGCGGACCUUCUCAGCACGGGAGCAAAUGCUAGACACUGAUUCAGAUGCGGAGACUUGCGUCGGCAACCUCGUGAGGAAUCCGGAUGUCCGAAAUCUCUAUAUCUCCCUGAACCCUACGCGCGGCCUGGAGAUUUCACAGCACCUACUGAACCUCCAACGGUUGGAGCUGGCCUCAAUGGGCUUGAAGGAGCUACCGAAUGACUUUGGACAGUUGACACCCAAUAUCCGCUCUAUCAACCUGAAUUUCAACUCCAUCAGAGAUCUCCGGCCACUCCUCAACAUCAAGAGACUCAGCGAGCUGCUCGUUGCAGGCAACAAGCUCGAAAGGUUGCGCGCGAACGCGAUGGUGUUAGGCAAGUUGCCUACUCUCUCGAAGCUUGAUUGGCGGGACAAUCCCCUUACGCUACGAUUUUAUCCUCCAGCGUCCGAGAACCGCAUUAUGUCACUCCGUCAAAAGCCUUCAGAUGAACAGACUACGGACCGCUUCGUCCUUCCCAACGGAGACGCCGAUGAUGAUCAACAAUACCUCUCGCGCCUGGACUACGAGACGCGAAUCAGACGGAGAGUGUCGGAAAUGAUGCUGGCCAACUUCUGCAGAAAUCUCAGAGAACUCGACGGUCUCCCUUUCGACAAAGCCCGCGUCCUCGUAAAGGACGAUGUGUGGGAGCGGCUCCUCUACCUUGGUGUCAUCCAGCGCAAGCAACCGGACACUACCGAUGAAAUUACGGAAUGACGAAGAUGUGAGAAAGGAAUCCCAGCAAGGCCGGGAAGGGGAUGCGGGCAGAUGAUCACUACGCGUGGAAGCGGAAGUGCCCGCCAGCGGUGAUUGAGUUUAUGUCAUGAAUAGAGUGGGUCUUUUCGCGGUCACAUGGAGUUUGGUUGCUUUUGGGAAGCUCGCGUGGAGUAUCAGGUACCCGAGCAUUUUUGUACGAUAUCACGCUUCACAGCAGAAAGUGGGGGUCCACAGCGCCUCAAUAUGUCGUGAUGAAGUGUAUUAAUAAUGAGAAGAGAUCU